AUGGAGGACAACGCAAAGUCAGCUGCCAUGGGCCAGAAAUGGAGGAGCCACAAGAUCUUCAUUCUGGCGACCGUUGCCAUUGGCCUGUUCACCGACCUGUUUCUCUACGGCCUGAUUAUCCCCGUUCUGCCAUUUUUACUGGAGAAGGAUUCGGGAAUCCCGCCGUCACAAAUCCAGGGCUAUACCUCUGCAAUGCUGGCAGUGUAUGCAGGAUCCAUUGUGAUCUUUUCGCCUCUCUCCGGAAUCGUCGCGGACAGAUGCUCAUCCAAACAAAUCCCGUUCCUCUUCGGAUUGAUCUGUCUGAUGGCAUCAACGGUCUUGCUUUUCUCAAGCAGAUCCAUCUCGGUGUUGAUUCUUUCCAGAGCGCUGCAAGGAAUCAGCUGUGCAUUCGUCUGGACUUGCGGCUUGGCGAUAUGCAUGAAUACCGUCGGACCGGAUCAUAUGGGCCAGACAAUAGGUGCGAUAUUCUCCGUCACGGCACUUGGUACUCUGUGGGCUCCAUUCAUCGGAGGAUGGCUUUACGAGGCGACUGGAAUCCGUGGUGUCAUGGCUCUAGCACUCUCCCUGCUAGGAGUUGAUCUGGUGAUGCGGCUGCUGGUCAUUGAAGUCAAGACGGGUCGUGCGAAUGUCAUUAAUGGUCACUCGGAUAGCAUCGCACAACCCGCCGCUCAAGGGGUUGACUUCCCCAGCCAACGACAAGCUUCUGAAGAGCAACCUCUACUUCACAGUACAAGGGAAGCCGAGGAUCUGGAAUACAAACUUCCCGAACAGCAUUCAUGGAUUGCAAAAGCAGUCCCCAUCGUGCCCUGCCUGGCGAACACCUCUCUAUUAACUGCUCUGUCCGUCUCUCUGGUACACGCACUCCUCAUGGGCAGUUUCGACGCCACGGUCGCCACACUCUCUCACGAGCUCUUCGGUUUCAAUUCCUUCCAGGCCGGCAUGCUCUUCCUCCCCAUCGGUAUCAUGAACCUGAUAUGCGGUCCAAUCGUGGGAUGGGUCGUGGAUCACCGUGGCACCAAAAUUGCUUCCGUCUUUGCUUUCGGCAUGAUGGUCCCCGUGCUUGUGCUACUACGCCUAGUGCACGCCGGUGGAGUCGAUCAGAUCGUCUUAUACGCCGUCCUCCUCUCCUUUGCUGGCAUCGGUCUUGCUGCAUGUGCGGCGCCCUCGCUUGUGGAGGGUGGUUCUGUCAUUGACAAGUAUCAUCGAGCGAAUCCGGACUUUUUUGGCGAAAAUGGACCUUAUGCCAUGGUAUAUGGAUUGAAUGGUAUGAUGUUUAAUGCUGGCUUGACUAUUGGCCCGGCGAUUGCUGGAGGACUGAAGGAUACGAUUGGGUAUGGAAACAUGAACCUCGUGUUGGCUGUCAUCUCUGCCAUCACGGCGUUGCUGUCUUAUAUGUUUUUGGGAAAUAAGCCACGAACGGUAGUUGAGGAGCAGCAUUGA